AUGGAGGCGGCGCCGCCGGAGCCGGGAGUCGACUGGAAGGCCGCAGGCGCGGCGGCGUUGGCUCAGGACGCAACGCGGGCCGCCGUCGCGGCGGUGCGGGUGCAGGCAGCCAGCGCGGGCCCCGGCGCCGGCCGGCGGGGCACUGGCCGGUUCCGCGACGCAGGCGGCGCCGCAGGCGCGGCGGAGGGGGCGCCUCCGGGGCGGCAGCGGCCCGCGGACGGCGCACCAGCGGAGUGCGAGGAGGGCGCUCGCGCCCUCGACCUCUCCAGUGCCCACUCCGCCGCGCUCGCGGAAGGCUGGUCGUACGACCGCCUCGCCGUGCUGCGGCUGGCUGGCACGCGGCUGGGGGCGGGGCAGCUCGAGGCGGUGCUGACGCAGGGGUGGCGGCUGCGCAAGCUGGACGUGAGUUACUGCGGCCUCGCAGAGCUGCCCUCCGCGGAGCUGUGGGCGGGCAUGCGGUACCUGUCGUCGCUGAUGCUGCACCGCAACAAGCUCGGCAACUGGGAGGAGGUGCGGCGCGCGGCGAGCCCGCCGCGACUCGAGUGGCUGGCCCUCUUCGAGAACCCGAUUGCCAGCAACGGCGGCUUCCGGCGGUUCGUGCUGGAGCUGGCCCCGUGGCUCCUCGCCGUGGACUUCUGGGCGGUCACCGACGACGAGCGCGCCCUGCCUGGGCAGGGGCCUCGCGAGCCGCCGUCCGCCGCGCACGCGGCUGGCCGCCGCUUCUCGGCGCGGUGCGACCAGAGCGUGCUCAGCCAGUUCCGCCCCAAGCUGCCCGACAGCGCAGAGGAGCCCGCCGAGCUGCUGAAGCAGGCCGCGGACGAGCUGGAGGAGUUGCGCGAGCGCUCGCGCCGGUGCUCCGCAGCCUUGGCGCUGCAGGGCGCGUGGAAGGUGCUCCGCACCCGCCAGAUGUUGGAGCGCCGGGCGGACCUGCGGAACAAGGUAGCGGUCAGGAUCCAGUGCUUCGCGCGCAGGUGGAUCUGGAAGAGGCGCACGACGAACUACUUGAAGGCUUACCUCGGAGAGAUCGACCAGCUCGACCUGAUGCUCUCCGCGCGCGAGAUGCUCGAGCUUCGCGCGAGAAGACGCAUUGAGAUGAUGGUGCGCGAGUGGGUGCAGAGGCGCAAGCGGCACAGCCGCUUGCGGGAGGCUGCCACGUUGCUCUGUCGCAGGGCGAGAGGCUUUCUCGCGCGCAAGAAGGUGCUGGGGCAGCUAGCCGAUUUCAAGAACCACCCGAGCAUCGUCUUCCCAGAGCGCUGCGCUUGGGAGUUCCUUGCGCUGCUCAACGUCGCAAGGCAGGAGUGCACGCCGCCGCUGCCGCCGCUGCCGCACGACCACGUAUUCGAGCCCUCCAGUCUCGUAGGCAUCCGCGUGCCAGAGGUUGCAGAGCUGCCUCCACGAUGCUCGAUCAUCACCAGGCUCCUGGCCAUGCAGGACCACUGGGUGGUGCGCCUGUGCCACAGCGGACGCUACCCGGAGCAUGUGUGGGACGGGCCGUUCCACCGGCUAGUCAACCAGAGCGGCCCGCCGCGCUUUUUGCGAGCCCUCGCGCACGUCAGGAGGCGGCUGGCGCACGUGGAUAACAGGUCCCGACGCGCCUUCAAGGCCUCGUGUCUGCCAGGCGGGCACCCGCUCGGCCCCGACCCUGCGGGCAAGGGCGCGGCCGCAGGCCGAGAGCUGCGGAGGGGGCUCCAGGACUUCCGUGACGUGUACGCGGUCGGCGCGCGCCUGGGGCAGGGCGCGCUCGGCAUGGCGUUCGAGUGCACCGCUAAGCAGCCUGGCGCGGACCCACGCGCGUGCGUGGUGAAGCUUGUCGAGCACGCCGCCGCAUGGUGGGGCCACCGAAAGGCCGUGCCCCAGAGGGUGCAGUGGCAGCUGCUCGGGGACGAGCUCGAGGUGCUCGGCUCACUGUUUCACCCGAACAUUGUCAAGCCCAUCAGCGUCUUCGUUGACACACACUUCGUCUACACCGUUGUUCCCAGAUGUAGCGGAAGCGUUGCCGGCGCCUUGUCCGCCAAAAUGCGUUUCGGCAAGCGGGGCCUGCCGGCUUACGUUGUGGGCGAGAUGGCCUCCCAGAUGUUGUGUUCCGUGGCCUUUCUGCACUCGCGCGAGGUGGCCCACCUCAACGUGAAAGCGGAGAACUACCUCAUCGACGAGGCUGACGUCGACGGAUUGGUCGGGCGGGCGUUCAAGGUGCUCCUCUCGGACUUGACCACCGCCCGGCACCUCCCCGCCGGCGUGUUUCUGCGCGACCCCUCGGCUUCGCCGCAGUACCGCGCGCCCGAGAUCGAGGAGAGGGUCUACGCCCACGAGGUGGACGUGUGGGCCGUCGGCGUGGUGGUCUGGCUGGCGCUGGCCACGCGGCUGCCCUUCGAGCGGGCGCCGCGGGCCGACGAGGUGGAGCUGCCGCGCCAAGGCCUGAGCGACGACCAGUUCGACCUGCUGCGGGGGCUGCUGGCUGGCCGGCCCGCGGAGCGGACCUCGGCCGAGGAGGCAGGGAAGCACAGGUGGUUGCAGACCUCCUGCGAGCGGCACCGCGCCCAGAUCGGCGACGCGGACCCGGAGCAGGACGCAGAUGUCGAGGUCCGGGCCAAGGCACCCGGGCCCUCCGCAGGGAACGACGCGGCCCGAGCCGGCGGCGACCCCGCGCCGCCGCCGGGCUCGGCGUGGUCCGCCGCCGAGGCGGCACAGUGGCACGACGCCAGGGAGGUCAAGCUGAGAGGGCUGCACGGGAGGUUCACGCUGGGCGAGAAGGUGUCCCUGCCCUUGGCGGACGCCCUCGAGAGGGCGGGGGCGCCCUCGGCGCCGCGGGGGCUCGCGUCAGCGCGAGCGGCCACGUUCCAGUGGUGGAGCGAGGCGCGCUGCUUCGAGAAGGCGCUGCUCCUGUCCGACACGGAGCCCGGCUCCCUCGACGACCGUGCCUUCGACCCCACGGAGGCGUCGGCGGCCUUCCACUUCUGGCCGACGACCGCCGAGCGCCUCGAACGCCUCCUCGGGGGCGACCUCGGCGCCGCGCGCGCCAGCGCGCCCAAGCGCGUCAGCCUCAGCGCGGAGGCCCUCGCCAGGCUGCACGGCGAGCUGCAGUCGCACGAGUGCCGCCUGCGCCUCUGCGACGGCCGCUUCGCGCGCCUGGAGGACAUGGUGAUGCUCCGGCUGCAGGCGCCCAGUGGCGCUUACCUGGUCGGCACCUCCACCGUCAACGGGCGGGAGGAGCACCGUCUGCCCAGCGUCCGCUGCCGCGCCAUGGGCAGCGGCCUGGACGGCCUGCUGCUGGACCUGUGGAGGCUCGUCGUCGGGGAGCUGCGCGUGUCCCGCCGGGCGGUGCACGUGCACCUCGCGGACUGGCAGCAGGACAUUACUGUGAGCCUGGGCGCGUCACGUGACUACCCUGGCCUCGACUGCCUGCGCCGCCACCACUUCUUCAACGCCACCGUCCGCCGUCUCGGCAGUGGGCGGCUUGCCGACCUCGGCCUGCCGCACGAGGCUGCCUUCCAGCACCGCGGUGUCGACGGCGCGCCCGACACCACGUGGGAGUGGUGGGACCUGCCAAGGUGCCGCGCGGCGGGGCUGCCAGUGGACCCGCAGGCGCAGCUGCGGCCCGAGCUGAGCGGCUUCAGCCGCGUGCCGCGGCGCGGCUGGUCCAAGGAGUCGUUCCUGCUGAUGCUGCAGCGCUGCGGCGUCGACACGCGCGCAUCUGGUGCCCCAGGCGGCGCGUUGUCAGCUGCCAGGCUCCUUGAAGAAGUCACCAGGGGCGACACGGCGCUGUACGAGAAGCCCGGCCUCCCCGGGGGCGCCGGCGAGCUGCGCCGCCCAGUCGAGAUCCUCACGGUGGAGGUCCGCAACCCGGCGGGCCACUUCCUCGCGGGCGCCAGGCCCAGGAGGUCGGGCGCGCUGCCCGAGCGCAGCUGCUCUUUCGCAGAGACGAGACUGCUGCCCUUCGAGGACAAGAUCUGGGCCGUGCGGCGGAUGCUGCGCGAACUCGACGUGAAGUUUGCGACCGCGCACGUGCGCUUCAGCCGAACCCGCAGCUCCCUGGAGGAGGACCCGUGCUACCCGGGCAUCGUCACCGUGGAGCUGAGGCAGACGGUGCACGUGCAGAUGGAGGCGCCCGUGGCGAGCGACUGCGGCUCGGGCACCAGCUGGACCAGCUCCGAGCGCUGGAGCGGGCGGAUGCCACCGUCUGGCGGGCCGCCGCCCCCGCUGGCCGAGCCGAGCCUGCAGCUGCUGGACCUGCUGCACGGCCCGGAGGCGGAGUGGCCGGAGGAGGCGCGCGCUCCCGGAUCUUGCCUGCGCCGCUUCAUGCUCGAGGCGCGGCGGCUGGGCAGCCGUCCCGUGCGGCCCGCCGUGGCGGAGGGGAGCGCCGGGGACGACGCCGUCGUCGGGGUCCCCAGUCAUCGCGACGCCACGUGGCUGAGCCAGAGGCUCCUGUCCUACAGGUGCGAGUCCCAGGAGCUCGCGGAGGGCCUCGUCACGCUGCUGCAGCAGUUCGCGGGAACCGGCGGCGCCGCGCCCCUCGUGGAGCCCGUGCCCUUCCUGGCGGGGAGAGCGGCGCCGCGCGCCGCGGCCAGCACCUCCAUCCAGGCCGCAUGGCGCGCCCACCGCCGUCGCGCGGCGCUGUCCUGUGGCCUCUGCGCCGCGCAGGCUCUGCGCAGGGCCGCGGUCUGCAUCCAGCAAGCCUGGCGGUGGAGCCUCCUGCGGCGCCGCUUCCACCUGCUGGAGGGCGCGCUGCGCUACGUCGGCGCGGUGAAGAGUGCCGUGCUCUACAUGGAGGAGCGCAUCUUCCUAGCCCUGAACCUGAUCAACUCCGUGAACCGCUACUCUCCGAUGGUCCGCGAGCGGUCCCUCGCCUGGGGCUACUCCAAGGGCACGGACGGCCCGGCCCUGGUGCGCGAGGACCUCCGCGGCCUGGGCAGGCCCGCCCCCACGCCCGCGGCCCGGCAGGAGCACCGCGCCCGCGCGCGGCGGCGCGAGGGCGGCCUGCCCGCGUGGCUCUGGGGCGCCGCGGGCGACCCCGAGGUGCUGGGCCCGGACGACGCGUCGCUGGAGGGCGUGCGGGGCGUGCACGACCUGCUGACGCGGGGCAUGCCCGGCUGCCUGCGCCAGGCGGAGCCCACGGAGAGCUACAUCGUGACCGCGACCAUGCCGUCCAUGCAGCUCGCCGCGAGGGCGGGCGGCGCGGGCGCCCACGGCGCCCUGGGGGUGCUGGCCGGCGGCGGCGGCACGCUGCGCUUCGUGGAGCUCAAGUUCCGGUCGAGGGAGCACGCCCGCAGGCAGGCCUUGAUGCUGUGGUUCUGCACCUUCAGCGCGCCGCUCCGGGCCGCCGUGCCGCUGGUGCCACGCAGCGAGCUACAGAGCACGCGCCUCUGUGAGGCCGUGGUGCGCCUCUGGGACGCCUACGGCCUGGCGUGGCCCAGCGGCGAUCGCGCCGCGGCGUUCGAGGUGCGCAAGAGGUACGUGCGGGAUCACGAGCUGCUCCACGCCGCGCCCUUCUGCGGCCGCGAGCCCUGGCACGCCCUCGCCGGCCGCGAGCCCACGCCCCGCGAGGGCGCCCGGCGCGCGCCGGGCGAAGAGGCCGAGGCGGCCGCCGCCCGCCUCGCAGCCGAGCCCUUCGCGGCCGCGCGCGGCGCCCGCGCGGCGCCCGCCGCGGCGGCGGGCCGCGCGGCCGCCGCCAGGCCGGGCUCCUCCGCCCCGCUGCCGCCCAUCGCCGGCCCUGCCGCACGCCGCGAGCCGCGGCCCCUCAGCGCCCGGGGCGCCAGGGCGCCGGCGAGGGCCGAGGGGCCCCUGCCGCGCGCCCUGGGCUCCGCGCGCGGGCCCCUCUCGGCGCGGCGGGCCGCGCAUCGGGGGGCGCAGGGGCACAGCAAGACGCUGGCCCCGCUGGCGGCGGCCCCGCGGCGCCCCGCGGCGAAUAGCACCGCGGCCGCGGGUGCCGUCGGGUACCCGGGCGUCAUGACGCUCGAGGGAAACGACGGGGAAAAGCUGAUGGGGGAGCUGGUGAUGCCCACCGACGGCGGCAGCUCCUUCUACGCCGCCCCGGCUGCCCCGCGGGAGGAGACCACAGCCGACAACGAUGGCGGCGCUGCGCAAGAGGAGAAGAAGAAGAAAAAGAAGGCGGGCGGCUGGUCAGCCCUGACAAACCAGGGCCCGAAGUACGCUGGAAGGAGCCGGGCCCCCGCGGCGGCCGAGGAGGACGGCUACGCCGAGGAGCAGGAAGCGGCAGCCGUCCCUGCUCCCGCCAAGGGCAAGGGCAAGGGCAAGGAGAAGAAGAAGGAGGAGAAGGUCUACCCGGAGGGCCCGCACAUUCGUGUGGACCCGGAGAAGGGUGCCGGUGUGGAGCUGACGCCCACGUGCUGGGGCAUGCGG